AUGUAUUUAUGUGGCGAGGAAGAAGAGAAGUUUGUUACCUCGGUGCUGUUGUGGUCCCGCCUCCAGGCCACUCUGAGACCUCGGUGUUGUUCUGGUCCCGCCUCCAGGCCACUCUUCAGCACAGUGACCUUACCUUGGGAGGGGGAGACUGCAAAGAACCGUGCAGAGAAGGCCAAAGACUUGGAGCUGGCGGCGUGGCUGGACAACAAGCAACACUCCCAGAUGAUCCAGCGGGAAGACCAGGAGACCACUGUCUGA